CACUCUCCACCAAUAGACUCCACCAAUAGACUUAUCUCUUUCAAGACAAUUACAAAAUUAUAAUUUUAAUGCUCACGAUCAAAAGAUCACGGUGACGGUUAGUGGAUCCCAUUCGAUACACCAGUGAACCGGGUAGUGCACACAAGCGAGUACUCCUAUGAAACACGAGCUUAAAAGCGAAAGAACUGAUAGGAUCAGCACAGUAGAUGGAACACACUGAACGCCAUGGAAGCCACACACGAUAAUGCGUAGCGUAGAAACUCGCGAUCGACGAGUCUAAUCACCCCUCCUCCUCUCCAGUAGGAAGCCACCCUUCCGAUGUGAUGUGUGCAAAAUGUGUGUCUAAAACCAUGCCAAACCCAAUCGACCGAUCGAUUUGUAUGUGUCCCUGCCCCUGUCUGUUUACCGUCGAGAUGCGCCCAAGCCAAAAACAAUCCCGCGCAAACAUUGAACGUUACAAUCAAAACCCUCACGGGCCUCACAGGAUGUCCUCAAUUUCAUGUACCUACUAUCAGGGGGCGCAAUGCGACAUCGAUGUUAUCUGCUGAUCCACAGCCAUAGCAUAGCGUGUGAACUAAUCUACUAAGCCAGCGAUAAUGCAUCUCAAAUGGAUGUUAGUACAUCGGACAGGCCAUACAUUGACACAACGAGCACUGGAUGUGACAUGCAGUAGUAGACGAAGAUCAGCCAGCAGCCAUCAUGUCUUGUAUAAGAAGAAUCGGAAAUCGCAAAAUCACGAAACAAGCAAACUCUCAACUCUCUUUGGUCGUAGAUCAUGGGAUUGCCGUAGGAUAAGGUAUGCUCUACAUUACGAUUACGAUGCUCUGCCACAGGAAUGGACGUACCACGGAACGAAUUGGAGUAUAGAUAGAACCGUUGAACGAAAAAAAAAAGCAACAGCACAGUCGUCGAAACAACCAACAGCAACUAGCAACUAGCAAAGCAAACGAAAACAAUUGGGUAGUCGCGCAAUUAAAAAACAAACUUUUUCCUAAGUUACACACGAACGCUAGCGUUGGGACGGCAUUUUGUAAAUUAACCAGACAAGAUCCCACCCGUGGGGGGGCCGGGAUUUUGUCGACAGAAUUGGUACGAACACUAUAGCUAACUAUCUAUUCCGGGACUGGAUUGCAAAGGCGGAGAAAAGCUAAGAUGAUCAAGUCGAGACAAAUGAUGUGUGGAAGCGAGAUUAAUUGUAAAAAAAAAAGAACAAAAACGAACUCAAACGGAGAAUUAUCCUUCCCAUUUUUUAAUGGCCAUUACAGGACCGCACGCAA